UUUCGAAAUAAACGUCACACAAAAGUGACAGACGUCAGAUAAAAAGUGAAAACAUUUUAUUUACUAUCAUCAUCUAUUGUUUGAUUUGAACUGAAUUAAAAUCAAGAGAACUUUGUCUGUUGUGUGAAAUAUUAUUGUUAAAAACAUAACAAUGCUAAAACCUAAAGCUUUGACACAAGUUCUUAGCCAGGCAAAUACAGGAGGAGUGGAAAACACAUUGCUCUUGAAUCAUCAAGGAGCCCUUUUGGCUUACUCUGGUUAUAAUGACAAAGAUGCAAGGGUUACAGCAGCGAUUGCGAGCAAUGUGUGGUCGGCGUACGAAAAACACGGAAGGAAUGUCUUCAAAGAGGAUAAACUACAUCUGAUAUUGGUUGAUUGCUUAAAUGGAAAAAUAGCCAUCACACAAGUUGCCAAUUUGCUAUUGUGCCUUUAUGCAAAAGAAACUGUAGGCUUCGGUAUUCUAAAGGAAAAGAUAAAUGCUAUAGCUCAAUAUCUUGAAGGUCCCUUAAAACAAGUUGCUAGUUCAUAAUAUAUUUACAUUACUAAAAUAUCGUAAUAAGUGUAUUAUAUCAAUUACUGCUUUAUAUUUUAUUGUGUGUAUAAAUAAAGCCUAUAAAAUAAAUUGUGUUAAGCUAUAAGAAGAAUGUUGUUAGCUUAUAAUGUAAAUUUUAUAUAAUUAAAG